AUGGGAAAGAGUACUUGGGAAAGCCGAGCUGCUGCCAAGCGCGCUGAGGUUCUGGACAAGAUCCGACCGGAAUGGAGAUUGUCCCCAAAAGACCUCGAACGCGCCCGUCAACAGCGUGACAUCACUGGCCCUUUCAUUCAACAGUUUCUGGACGAACGAGAUGUCUCCGUGACUUCUAUGACAAGUGCACCCAUUUUGAAGGCUCUAGGGGAAGGGAAAUUGUCGGCAGUUCAGGUCGCCUCAGCCUUUUGCAAACGGGCCGCUGUUGCGCAUCAAAUUAACAAUUGCCUGCACGAAGUCUUCUUUGAUCAAGCACUGGAGCGAGCCAAGUAUCUAGACGACUACUUCGCGAAGCAUAACAAGCCACUUGGACCACUUCACGGGCUGCCCAUCAGUCUCAAAGACCAAUUUCACGUCAAGGGUGUCGAUACAACAAUGGGAUACGUCGGUUGGAUUGGCGGCAACCUUGGAGUAUCGGACCCGGACAAGACCCACAAGGUUGAAAGCCAAAUCGUCACCGAGCUACUGUCCCUGGGAGCGGUGCUGUACUGCAAGACGAGUCUCCCCCAGACAUUGCUGUUUGGAGAGACUAAGAAUAACGUCAUAGGCGAGACGUUGAACCCUAACAACCAAAACCUAUCCUGUGGAGGUUCAUCAGGAGGAGAGGCUGCGUUGAUGGCUUUAGGAGGGAGCUCUGUUGGAGUUGGUACGGACAUUGGUGGAUCAUUGCGCAUACCGACUGGUUUCUGCGGCAUCUAUUCCAUCAAGCCGACUUCGAACCGGCUUUCUUACCGCGAUGCUGCAAACACGAAUCCUGGACAGGAUACGUACCGGUCCUCGCUCGGAUUCAUGGGUACUUCCAUCGAUGCGCUUGAGAUCGUGUUCAAGUCUGUUCUAGGUACAGAGCCGUGGCUUCGGGAUCCAGCCGUCUUACCAAUCCCUUUCAGAAAGGAAAUGAUGGACUCGUAUCUAUCAAGGGCCGACUCGAAGGGUAAUGCUAAGUCAGGCGAGAGGCCCUUGAAGAUGGGUAUUCUUUGGUCCGACGGGAUGGUUGGGCCUCAUCCUCCUGUUCUUCGCGGACUUCGAGUUGUUGCUGAAGCUUUGAAAAAGGCUGGACACAAGGUGGUGGACUGGGAGCCUCCAUCACAAGAAAGAGCCACAACCCUAAUCGGAGGCUUCUUUAGUGCAGACGGUGCACACGACGUACACAGUCACCUAGACCGAUCGGGUGAACCCCUGAUACCAGACCUUGAAGACGGCUUCAAGCUCAAAACCCCUACAGAGCUACUCAAGUACCAAGAGCUGACCAUGCAGGGCCUCGAGUAUGAGCGAGAGUAUUCGGAUUACUGGAAUUCCACCCAAGAAUCAGACGCGUACACCGAUGCGAUGAAUGUGACCAACUAUUCGGUUGUCGUCAUUCCUACCAUACGAGCUGAUGCGAACAUUGACGUUUUUGACGACUCGUACAAGCCGUUGGGUGAUUUGGACACCAAGAACUGGAAAGCAUAUGACCCGGCUAUUUACGACGGAGCACCUGUUGGUAUCCAGAUUGUUGGAAGGAGGUUUGAGGAGGAAAAGUGUCUGGCUCUCGCUCGAAUUGUCCACUUGGUUCUUCGAGGGGCACUAAAACAACAACAUGGACUAGAGCACUCCAACUUUGGAUCUCUUCGAAAAGAGUUGUUCAUGGGCCGCUUUGUCAAACUUGAUCUUUUGCGUGGUUGA